UGAACCAAACAAGACCCAUUGUAAUUGUGAAUACGAUAACAGACCCCCUUUUGGGGCGUGAUAAGGUGCGUGGUUUGAAAAGCCCGUCUUAUCGCAUUUGUAUGCCGUGACGCAGUCCUUGUUUUAUUGGAUGUAUCUCUUUGUAUCCACUCUAUUCUCUCUCUCUUCCUUUUUCUCUUUCUCCUCGUCGUCCGUCAUUCAUCCCGAGAUGUCAGACGUUGAAGAAAUACCUCCUUACGGCUCCAGGCAUCUUCCUUUUUUCCACCAACUCUCUUUAUUGGAUUCCACCUCUGGAUCAUCCGUCUCCGUUCACGCUCCACUUUUUUUAGUCUAAAUGGCCGCCUCCUUUCUUCUCCAGCUGGGUUUGUUGACACACAGUCAAUCCUGGACACUUUCACCCCCCUUUUAACUGCCCCUCUUGUACCCGUUCCCCUUCCCUGAGCCAUAAAGCUGCCACAGCUGUGGGCUGUUGAACGAAAGUGGAGGGGGGGACAUUAAAUAUAUUACAACCAUUAGCUUUGUUGGGGCCUGACGGUUUUAAUACAUCGAAGCUUUUUACGUCAACCAAAGGGAGGACACAAAAGAGCUCUGCUGUGUUUUAAUUACAUUUUAAAUAUAGCAAUGAAAGCCGUGACUGGACCUUAUAAUGUGGAAUCCCAAAGAUAAAGGAAAACAAAGAGCAAAUCAUAGAGAAUGGGAUCAACAUGAGCAAGGCGAAGUCGAGAAGGGUCAUUCAGCCAAACGUCACCAGGGUGACUCGCAGUGCCAUUGCCAAUCCUCAGAUGGACACCCCACACAUUAAACCUUCUGCUUCAGGACUGGUCAACGAUCUCAGCCUCAUGACAGUGAGUGAACAGCAGACCUCUACACGGAAAGGGAAGUCCUCAAAGGUCUGUAAUGCACCUCACAGCACUAAGCCAGCUCUCUCUCCAACACCUGUCGGCCCACAUGGAGCUCUGGGGACGAUAGGCAGGUUGAUGAAACUCGGCCGUGUGCGAAACAUUGUGGUGGUUGCCGGUGCAGGUAUCAGUACAGCCAGUGGAAUACCAGACUUCAGGACACCAGGCACAGGUCUUUACGCAAACCUCGCAAAGUAUGACAUCCCCUACCCAGAGGCGGUCUUCAACAUAGACUACUUCUCCGACAACCCUCAUCCUUUCUUCUCAUUGGCAAAGGAUCUGUACCCCGGACACCAUCGUCCCAACUACGUCCACUAUUUCAUCCGUAUGCUGCAUCAGAAGGGUCUGCUGCUCCGCAUGUAUACUCAGAACAUCGAUGGACUUGAAAAGUUGUGCGGUAUCCCAGAUGACAAGCUCGUGGAGGCUCAUGGGAGUUUUGCGACCGCUGCCUGCCACCUUUGCUAUACACCAUAUCCUGCAGAGGAGGCCAAGGAAGCUAUAAUGAAUGGCAACAUUCCCAUCUGUACGUUUUGUGCUGGAGCUGUCAAACCUAACGUUGUCUUUUUUGGGGAAGAUCUGCCAGAAAAGUACUUUCAGCAUGCGGAAGAUUUCCCAAAAGCAGACCUUCUUAUGAUCAUGGGCACCUCUUUAAAGAUCGAGCCAUUUGCCAGUCUCAUAAACACUGUUAAGUCCACAGUACCUCGUCUGCUGCUGAACCGUGAUCCAGUCGGGCCCUUUGAACGGCGGCCCUUGAGGAGGGGUGACUACAUGGAGCUAGGAGAUCUUGUAGAUUCUGUCCAAAAACUUGCUGAGAUCCUGGGGUGGCAUUCUGAAAUCCAACAUUUGAUGAACUGCCAUGAAAACGGGCUGAGUUAUAACACUGACCUCAACAGCAGUGAAAACAGUGACUCCUCAGAGACCGACAGCAAGAGCUCAGAGUCAUCUGGACCAAGUAACUGAUAUCAUAUAUACUAAUACAAUAUAUCCUGCAAACAGAGUUCAGUACCUACAGUGAUAUUUAUGUAAUUCUUUUGUGAAUGUCUUAAAUGUUCUGUGGUGCGUUUUUAUUUUUUUCAUCUAGACUGUAUAUGAUGUAUAUCUGAGGUGGUUAACCAAUGGCCAGGUUUGUCUCUAGAUCGGGGCUAAGCUGUCUAAAAAAUAGUUAAAGGGAUAGUUCACCCAAAAAUGAAAAUUGUCGUCAUUGACUCACUCUAAUGUUGUUACAAACCUGUUUAAAUUUCUUUGUUCUGAUGAACACAAAGGAAGAUAGUUUGUACAAUGUUUGUAACCAAACCGAUCAUGAGCCCCAUUUACUAGGAAAAAAAAAAAAAUACUACGCAAAUGGUUUGGUUACAAACAUUCCUCAAAAUAUCUUUAUUUGUGUUAAUCGGAACAAAGAAAUUUAUACAGGUUUGUAAUGACAUGAGAGUGAGUAAAUAAUGACAUAAUUUUUGGGUCAACUAUCCCUUUAAAGAUAUCUAAAUUGUAGUUGCAGCUUUUUUGAAUUUAAAACCCACAUUUGUGGACAUCUUAAGCACUUAUAUUUUGUCUUUUGAAAUACAUUCAUGUGUAUAUUGCGUGUUUCAGUAGAUCAUUUUGAAGACUUUAUUCUGCACAUCGCUAAUGGGACGUUAAAGAAUAGUUUUAGGGAUUUCGGCCACUUUAAUAAUGUUCACAUUUUAUUAGGCCCUUUAAGAUAUACAAACUCGUAGCACUUAAUAAAGCAAUAUAUGAUAAUCCUUAAUUGCUAGAUACGCUCAUUUAAAAACUUAAGAUUUUAAUGUAUUCAAAGUGAAGGUGACUAUGGUUGAAAAGAGGAAAUGUGAAAGUGUUACAGAUUGGAGAUUGAAGUUUAUAUGUACACUGUUUAUAUGUACAGUGUACAUGUACUGUAUGUAAUUGUUUGCUCGGGUCAUUGGGGAGCUGACCAGUCUUGGCUUAGCCACAGUGAGAAGACAGUGCUUAAUUAGCAUGAGAGGCGUGACCUCCCAAGUAUGCAGUGCCCCUACUGUGUGUUUUCACAGGCAGUGCAGUCUACAAGCGGGACCUCCCACCCCCAAAACUCUAAUAAAUGUCUUUGCUCGGCAACAAUGAACCCCAAUAUCCUGCUGCUGUGUUUGGAAGAGCGUGUGAGGUUCUGUAUAUGAGAAUGGUUGUAAAUGCAAUUUUCAUUUUGCACAGGAUCAGUGAAGUAGGUGGUAAUCACACUGUGAUCGAAUCUGUUUAUGUCCUUUAGGGAUUCUUAUGUGCGUUAACAUUUGAAUCCAUAUAGUAAUUUUGUAUUCCUAGUUUGAUAUGUUUGCGCUGGUCAGAGUUUCAGUAAUGUUUACCAGCUGUCUUUCAAAUGUUAUUAAUAAAUAAAGCUUGCAUUUUUACUGUGAAUGGGACCAUCUGGCAGGUCAGCAAAAUAUGUUCAUAUAGAAAUUAAGUAUCUUUUUGUCAUUUGUAAAUGGUUUUAAUAUUAAAACGCUAUUUUUAUGUUUAUUACAUGUUGUUAGAAAUCACAGUAUUUAAUAAAAGUAUAUUCAAAUGUUAUUUCACAUUUUGCGUUUUGUCUUGUAUACUUUGGACCGCUUGGCUGUAGACAAAUACUAUUUGACUUGGCACCAAUAUAUCCAUACACGAAUUUAGGCUUCAAUUUUACUUCUAUUACUAAUUAAGAAAUAUGGAUUGGAUUCAAUAUCUACUGUAAUUGUCUUCAUACUGAAGUGCCAUAUUUAAUGUAAUAUGAGACCAGUACUUAAAGGUAUAUUGUGUAACGUUUAGAGAGAUCUUUUGGCAGAAAUGCAAUAUAAUAUACAUAACUAUGUAGAGGGUAUGCAUUGACGUCACUUUUCCACGUGACCACGCCGGAACUCGCCCUGUUGAGUGGCAAAACAUUUCACCUGAUUGUUUCUGUAUAUUGUCUAUUGUGUUUAUUGUAUAUGUGGAUACUGUAUGUCUACUUUUUUUGUGUAUGUUCUGUACGUUCUUGCAAUAAAAAAAUAAAAAA